AUGAACCUGAAUCAACUCCUCAACCCGAACACACCGCCGCAGCGGCUGCUGAAGUCUACAUGGGUUUCAAAGAGCGCUUCCCUGCACUCUCAAAGCAAGACCGCUGCGUCGCAGCAGACGGCGAGCCCUCCAGUAUGUCAAGUGGCGUCGCGAGUCACCCAAGAUUGCCUGCCUCUCGACUCCGCGGUCAGGCCAGUAGCGUGCCCUACUGAAAACCGACCUGAAGUGACUGGAGAGCCUUAUGCCCAACCCUCGCAGAAGACGACAGCGCAUUGUGGUUCAUGUAGGGCUUCUUCACCUGCAAAACUACCACAUACUCUGAACUUGUCAACGGCAGUCGCACCUCGACUCGAGCAAACACCCAUAAGAGACGUGAACACACCGCCUGUUGCCGCGCCUAGUGUUACUUCUACUGACACCAUCAAGAAAACAAGGAAAGCGGUCAAGCAGGCCCCAAAGCGACGCAAGAAAGAGGAAAAGCCCGCUUCGGUCACCGCAGCACCGUCGCACGAAUCGACAACUCUUCGCACUCUUCUUCCUCUACUACUACCCAAAGAUGCCAACGUACCCAAGGCCGACCUAGCUACACCUUCUAAGCAGAUUAGUUGCCCUGUAGCUCCAGGUCUAGACCUAGAUGCUGGACCACGUAAACUUAUUCGAGAAGUACCGCAACAUCCUCUGGACCUACCCGUUCCGGACGCAAACGAAGCGAAAAGCAAGAAGCGCAAACGGGCAGCACCCAAAUGUGACAAAAGGCCAGACACGGCCUCUACAGGUCACCACGCCCGGCGUAAAUGUUUCGGAAAAACGGAGGUUGUGACAGUGGGUGGGUGGGUAGCGUUCAGGAGGGUAGUGGCGUAG